GUUAUCAUAUAGAUAUUAAUGUCGCUACUAUAUCCGUGAUACGGACACCGGGAGUGUAAACAAUCAUUGAUAAAUGAUUAACAAAUUACAGUACGAGUAAUGCGUUCAUGGACGUUCAGACUUAUAUUUACUUAUAUGAUCUUGUAUUAAAGAAAUCAAUAUUUUUUCUAUAAAUUUGUUCCUGAUGGUCGAUUCAUUAACUUCAUUUUUAAAUCGUAUACGUUAUUAAUUUUUGUUUAUUUCCAGCAGAACACAAACUAUGGCUCCAGAUAACUAUCGAUUCGCCGAAAGUGAUAGCUUACUUUGUUUUCAUGGUCCAAUGUUAUAUGAAGCAAAAUGUUUAAAACGUCGGAAGUCAAAUGAUGGCAAAGCACAAUAUUUUGUUCACUAUAAAGGUUGGAACAGUAAAUGGGAAGAAUGGGUAGAUGAUGAUCGUGUUUUGACUGUAAAUAAUUCCAAUAUGAACAAAAUGGCAUUAUUAAAAGAAAUGCAUACCAAUUCAAAAAAAGGUUCAUCAAAACGUUCAAUAACUGUGGUUAAAGAAGAAACCAUUCGCAAUUCAACUCCUCCUGUGAAAGGAAGAAAGCGUAAACAUUCAGAAAUAUCUGUCGAAUUAAAUCAAACAGUAAAUGUUCCAUCUCCAUCUGAACCUAAACCAAAAAAACGAGGUCGCCCUCCAAAAAUUUUAACUCCUAAAAUCGAUCAAACGACUGAAGUUACUAAAAAAACUGAAAUAUCUAAACCAACUGGAGUAUCUAGAGGAACUGAAGUAUCUAAAGCAGCUGGAACAUCUAGAGGAACUGAAGUAUCUAAAGCAGCUGGAACAUCUAGAGGAACUGAAGUAUCUAAAGCAGCUGGAACAUCUAGAGGAACUGAAGUAUCUAAAGCAGCUGCAGCAUUUAAAGCUGCUGAGUUAUCUAAAGCACCUGGAGUGUCCAAAACAAUUGGAGCUAAAGCAACUGGAGUAUCUAAAGCAGCUGGAGUAUCUAAAGCAGCUGGAGUGUCUAAAGCAACUGGAGUGUCUAAAGCAAUUGGAAUGUCCAAAACAACUGAAGUAUCUAAAGAAAUUAAAUUAUCUAAAGCAACUGGAGUGUCUAAAGCAACUGGAGUAUCUAAAUCAACAGGAGUUUCUAAAGCAAUUGGAGUGUCUAAAACAACUGAAGUAUCUGAAGAAAUUAAAGUACCUAAAGUAGCUGAUAUUGAAACAGAAACUAAAAUUCAAGAAGUUGAAAUAGCCAAACCAAAUGAAAUAGCCAUUGCAAUUGAAUCAACUAUAGUUGGUGAAUCAGCUAUGGCAGUCGAAUCAACUAUGAUAGUUGAACCAACUAUGUUAUCAACUAUUGAAUCAACUAUGGUAGUUGAAUCGACUACAGUAGAAAAAGAAAUUACAACAGCCAAAGAAACUACAGCAGAUAAAAUAAUUGCAGGAGAUAAAGAUACUUCAGCGGCCAAAGAAACUUUAGUAGCUAAAGAAACUUCAGUAGACAGAGAAACUUCAGCAGACAAAGAAGCUUCAGCAGCGGAAGAAACUACAGCAGAUGAAGACACUUUACCAGGUGAAGAAAUUACAGCAGUUGAAGAAACUACAGAAGUUGGUGGAUCUAAAACAGCUGAAGAAUGUACAUCAAUUGAAGAAACUAUAGCAACUGAAGAAACUAUAGCAACUAAAGUUAUUAGAUCAGCUGAAGAAACUACUGCAGUUGAAGAAAUUGAAGCAGGUAAAGGAACUAAAGAAACUGAAGAAGCUGAAAGAACCGAAGAAGCUGAAAGAACCGAAGCAGCUGAAGAAACCGAAACAGCUGAAGGAACCAAAGAAGCUGAAGGAAGCGAAGCAGUUGAAGAAACCGAAGCAACUGAAGGAACCAAAGAAGCUGAAGAAACCGAAGCAGUUGAAGAAACCGAAGCCGUGGAAGUAACCGAAGCAGCUGAAGUAACCAAAGCAGCCGAAGUAACUGAAGAACCCGAAGCAGCCAAAGGAACUGAAUCAAUCGAAGGAACUGAAACAGCUGAAGGAAUUGAAACAGCCACAGGAACUGAAGCAGUUGAAGGAACUGAAACAGUUGAAGGAACUGAAGCAGUUGAAGGAAUUGAAAAAGCCGUAGAAACUGAAGAAGUUGAAGGAACUGAAGCAGCUGAAGUAACUGUAGUAGUUGAAGAAACUAAAACAACUGAAGACAAUUCAGAAAUUGAAGCAGCUACAGAAAUGAUAGAAUCUAAUAUAGUUGAUAAGGCAGUUGAAUUAAUUGAUGAAAGUAAUCAUCAUAAAGAAAUGUAUGUAAUUGAUGAAAUCAAUGAAAUUGAAAAAACUGAAGAAAAUAAAGGUGAAGCAAUUAAUGAAACUGAAGCAGUGGAAACUAGUACAGAAUCAGAAUGCGAUGAAGUAAUGGAAGAAACUGAAUCUGAGAUAAUUUAUGAAAGUGAAGCAGACCCAGAUGAUACAUUUACGGUUCCUGCUCCAGUUCCAGUUGUAAUAACUACACCAGUCAUAAACAUACCAGAUGUGUUGAAAACAAGACUUGCUUUUGAUUAUGUUAUUAUUUCACAACAAAAUAAAGUCUUAAAAUUUCCAAAAGAAAAUACUAUACAAGAAUUGAUUCAUAAAUAUACUACCGAAAAGUCCGAGUUAGAAGAAAAAUGUCAUUGGGAAAGAUCAUUUAAUAUUGGUUUAACUUUAAUACAGUAUUUCAAUGUUCUAAUACAUAAAAAUUUGUUGUACCAGGAAGAAAAGAAAUAUCAGAUGAGGAAAAAGGCAAAAAAACAUUUGCAACAUAAAAUUAAUUCUCGUGAAAUAAAAUCAAUCCUAUACAAAAAUCUCUUGUAUCCUAAAAAACUAUGGCAUUACGUAUAUGGACCUACUCAUCUACUGCGGAUGUUUGUUGAAUUACCUGAAAUUUUAUCAACGUUCACUUAUACUGAUGAACAAUUAGCUUUCAUUUCAGAAAAUUUGGAAGAUUUUUUGAAGUAUCUUGAAAUAAAUUACGAUACAUAUUUCACAGAUGAUGACUAUAUAGAUAUAAAAAAUACGUCUUAAGAUAUCAUAUUUAAUAAUUGGAAAAAUAAUUAUUUAUAUAUAUAAGCGAA